UCUAUUUCUGUUUCCAUUUUUGCAAACUCCCAAGUGGGAAGUUUGGUCUUUUAGCAAUCCCUUUAACAUUUUAUCACAUAGCUACUUUUGAAAAAGCUGUUAGAUGAGUUUGACGUACUAGAAACAUGUAGAAAUUGCCCAGCAAGAUUUCAAAUAAACCACACUACAUCCUGUUUCUGAAGAGCAAAUCAUUUCCUGUGUUCUCCUUCCUCCUUCCAGUUUACAGACGGCGCUUUGCAGAGAACUGAAGAUGUUGCUGUGGGUCGUUCUUGUUCUGGAUUUGGGGGUUUCUGCCGUGACGCUGCCAGAAAUCACGGAUGAGAACUUCAUUGCCGAGUGUGUGGAGGAGCACAACAAAGCCCGCUCAGCUGUCAGCCCACCUGCAAACGACAUGCUGUACAUGUCGUGGGAUGAGGCGUUGGCCAUUACUGCCAGAGCGUGGGCAAAACAUUGUCAUUUUAUGCACAACGUCCACCUCAGGGAGGUCGGCCGCAUGCACCCCACGUUUACCUCUGUGGGAGAGAACAUCUGGACGGGCUACCCGCCGAAUACGUUCAGCGUAAAGAAUGCCAUUCAAAACUGGGUGGAUGAAGUCAAGCAUUACAGCUACAAGGAAAACAGAUGCACAGAUGUCUGUGGCCACUACACACAGGUUGUGUGGGCAAAAAGCUACAAGGUUGGCUGCGCUGUAGUGCACUGUCCACAAGGUGUCAAAAACUUUGCUCGUCCUCCGGGUGCCAUUUUUGUAUGCAACUACGCCCCAGGUGGAAAUUUCAUCGGACAGCAUCCUUAUGCAACUACUGGGGAUCCAUGCUCUGGAUGCAAAGGCGAAUGCGACAACAAAUUGUGUCGUAAUCUACAACGAGAUUCCAGAAAAAGUUACAACUGGGCUCCAGACUGGGACACUGCUUCACCUACAAGCACUGCUGCACCUACAAGCAACACUUUUCUGAAUAUCCUGAUCGUGCGGCCCAUCGCCCUCAUCUUCACAUGCAUUGCUGCAUACGCAGUCCAUUACUUCUACCCCAAUCUCUUCUUCUACGAGUAGAGUUUUUGGUCUGAAGAGAGACCAGGGCAGAUGGGCAAAAAAACAAAACGAUGUAAUUCUGAAUACCAAAGGGCAUCCCACUGGUUAAGAGUUUGCCCUAGACCAGUGGUCAAGGGCCAAAGUCCUGCAACUUUUUUUCUUAAGUUUUGUUUUUGGCUCAGGCAGUCUUUGAGAGUGGUUAGACAGGAGAGUAGGUAAUGAAAGUGGGGGAAGACAUGUGGCAAAGGUCAUCAGGCCUGGACUCAAACCUGUGACGUCUGCUACAAGGACUAAGUUCUCUAUACGUGGGUUGCACUUUGCCAACAGCAGAAGCACAACCUGUAACUUUUAGAUGUGUCCCUUGUCCUACACACUUGAGUUAAAUGGUGAACAUGCUUCACUAUCAGUUGAAACUGCUUCACUAGAUAAUGUUGGAGCUCAUUAGCUCCAACAUUAGCGAAUGAGCUGAUGUUGGAGCCAGAUGUGCUGAAGUAGAGACGCAUCCAAAAGUUGCAGAACACCAACUCUCGACGACUAUCCUAGACCUUGGUAACUGUCAGCUUCUGGUGAAAAUAAUAGUGUAAUGUAACAUGGAUGACAAAAGAACAAUUUAACAGUAUUCACAUCAUAAAAGAAACUUUAAUUUUAUAUUUUUGAGUGACCCGGCAUCCUCAGUGACACAGUCUAAGCAAAAACAAGAAAUUACAUCUGUCCAAAACUGUCAAAACAGACAGGAAAUGAAGACACCUUACAGAGAUAAGAGAAACUAAUUACAGGUCAUGCAAGUCAUGUAAGUUACCAGGUUGUCUGGAAGUUAAUGAUGUAUUUAAAGAUGCAACAUCUCUUGUUUUAGAGGCUUUUUGCCAGAAUAUUAUCUGAUUUACACACACCCCCACACACAUACAUACAUAUAUAUACAUAUAUAUAUAUAUAAAUAAAAGUAGAGAUUGAAAGAACAAGUGCCAUUUUUUGAGAAUGGAUGUCAUUCAGCCAGACGGGGGUGUUUUAUUCUCAGCAGAGAGAGAAAAGCAAAAGGAUCUUAGAAAGAAAAGAAAAAAAAUUUAAAGUGCUGAAGGGUUUCCCCCAGUGUAUCAUAAGCCUGGUGGCCCACCAUGCUUUACUAGCCCCCACGCCAGGCUAUGCGUAGCGUGUUUUUGUUUUCAGAAGAAAAGAAAAAAAAAAAAAGCAGAUUUUUUUUUUCUUUAUAAAAAAAGCCAGAUUGCAAGCAUCUCUGUUGCUCUGAGCAUUUCCCUGGCGGAGCAGAUUUAUUCCUAAAAGAUAAGUUUAUAUAAUUAAUGCAUUUGAAGCCAGGAAAGCGGAAUUGGCGCCCCUUCACGUUGCCUCUGCUCGUUGAGUCUGCGCGAUCUCUGAAGUUUACCUAAGCGCAUCCAGUUUCACUCAAACUGGACACAGGCUGACCAGGUUGAUAUUUACAUCAACCCCCUGUGAGGAAUUAUGUUUCUUUGGCGAACUCCACAUCAAGAUAAGAGUCUAAACCGCGCCACGUUAGCUCUGGUUGUGGAGCUUUAUGUGAACCGCAGGAAUAACUUGUAGUCAUGCUUUCAGAGGUGCACGUUGAGUGAGUGGUGAGAAUGAUUUAUCUUUGUGAACAAAGAAUUAUGUGUGGCGUUUACAUCUCAACUCGCUGCCCAGCAUGUGGCUCUGUCUGGGCUGAUAAAGUUUAUGUACGUGGUCCCGGCUGGUCGGUGCGUUAGUGGUUAACGAACCAGCGCUAACCUCAUCAUGCAGGUUCAGUCAGGUGAGGAGCUUUCAAGCUCGCCUCGUAGUCACGCAUCAUUUUGGUUUUAUAUUUUAUUAUUAUUUCUAUUAUUCUUUUCCAGGUUACACAAACAUUAGACAAUAUCAAAUGCUUUGUCCAAUUAGUCAGCCAAAGUUAAUGAGUGCGGCAACGCAGAGAUCUGAAAAACUUGCCAUAAACUCGAGCAACCCAAACAGUUUCUGUGGCACCUAUUAAAAACUCAACAGACAGGAAAUAGAAGAGGUACUGAAGUCACAUUAGCAGCAUUAAAUCAAAUCUCCCAUUUGUAGCGCAUCUCUGCGUAUAGUGAAGCGGAUUUAACUCAUCAUGCAGGGCCGGUCCAAGACUGUAUGAAGCCUUGAGCAGAAUUUGACUUAGGGGCCCUCUUCCUGUUAAAAACAUCAGCAUCUCAAACAGCUACUGUGUUAGAUUUAAUUUGGGUGAGGGGGAGUAGUUUAAUUGACUAACCUAAAAUCAAUUAGUUAUAAUUGCAGUUUACCGGUUUAUAUUUGUGAACAAACAGAGCUCAAACUCAAAGAUCAAACUCUCAGCAUCAGAUUGUAGCUGUGGUAACAAAACAAACUGUGAAUAUUGCUCUUUGAACUUUUACAAAGUAAACUUGCCAGAUGCUUAAAAUUUUACUUUUAAAUGUUAAGCAAUUUGAAAUAUUUUAAUUUAUGUAUACUGAAACUUAGCAGCAUUGAUCUCAAUAAACAAAUGUUACAUUUUUA